AUGGACCGCAAUACCAAAGUCAUAAGGUCAACAGACUAUGAUGCUCUCUCAUGUCGUAUCUCAGCUCAUAAAAAACAAUACAUCCAAGAUGAAUAUCUUCAACAUAUAAUACAUGGUUUUGAAAAAUUUUUAAAAUAUGAAUAUAAAUUAUCAUCAAGAAGAAUUUUGAAUUCAAUUAUUAAUAGUGUUAAAUUACCAAUUAUUAAUAGAGGGACUUAUAUACGGACUAGAUCAAUUGAUUUGAUAAUUGAGAAGUUCUUGGAGAAAUUUGAAAGUGAUGAUGUUCAAAUUAUUAAUCUUGGUGCUGGUUCUGAUACAAGACCUUUUAAAUAUUUACCAACAAAUGAACAGAUAAGCUGGGUUGAAUUUGAUUUUAAAGAUUCUACAAAAUUGAAAAAUGCUACUAUAGUGACUGAUCCUAUAUUAUCUAAGAAAAUUGGGAUUAAACCAAUUUCUGAUAUAGAAAAUUUAGAUAAUUUUUAUAAUGGAUUAAAUGAUUCAUUAAUUUCAGAUAGGUAUAAAUUAAUUGCAAUUGAUUUAAGAGAUAUUAAAACUCUCCAAGACAUACUAAAUCAAUUUUUAAAUAAAGAUAAACCAACUUUGAUAAUAUCAGAAUGUAUGUUAUGUUAUACAGAAUCUUUAAAUUCCACUGAAAUAUUACAAACUUUGAAAUCAUUUUUCACAAAAACUUCAAUAGUUAUUUAUGAUCCAAUUGGUGGUGAUGAUAAUUUUGGUAAUGUUAUGAUUGAAAAUUUAAAAAUAAGAAAUAUUUCCAUGCCAUCAUUAUUAGAAUUUAAUACAUUGGAUAAAUAUUCACAAAGAUUGAAAGACUUGGGAUUUCAAGAUGUUAAAAUUGAUAAUUUAAAUAAUAUUAUGAAUAAUUGGAUUAAUGAUGAUGAAAAAAGAAGAAUUUCAAAAUUAGAAUUCUUGGAUGAAUUAGAAGAAUUGAAUUUAUUAUUAGAACAUUAUUGUUUAAUCUUAACUACUUGUGGGUUUGAUUGGUCUGAAUUUGAUUUAGAAUUCACCCAAUGA